GCCACACCAAAUAGAACGACAGGUGUCAUGAGGAGGCGCGCCCAGUGGACAGUUCGGAUUCUACAUGCAUAUCACAGGUGGGCCCCACACAGCUCAAACGUAAGUUAAUUACCAUUGCCAUUCCUCGCACUACUAAAAGGAUGAUAGAGCAGUUGGAAACCGAAGGUGCGAAAGAUGGGUGCUUUGGGGGCUCUUUUCAUGGCGAGUCUGGUUUUCAUGUCUUCAAAAUUCCAAGCCUGCGAAGGUGAAAUGUCGAAAUUUACACUGAAAAGGAUAAAGAAGGUGAACAAGAACGGCCCUUACGUUGGAAUACUUACUACCACCUCUUCUGAAAUGGACCCCCUUCUUGAUUCCUUGAAGGACGACGUCUCCAACUCCUUCAAUUUCCAAUACAUCGACUGCGAAGGAAGGAGAUUUCAUUUUGGCAGGAUUAAGAAGAAAAAGGUGAUAUUUGCUAUGACAGGGAAGGGCAUGAUUAAUGCAGCUGUUGUUGCAAAACUGUUGUUGGGCUUGUUUGAUGUGAGGGCACUUCUUCAUUUUGGAACAGCUGCCAACGCAAACCCGAAUCUCAAUAUAGGAGAUGUUACAAUCCCUCAAUUUUGGGCACAUACAGGCUUAUGGAAUUGGCAGAGGUAUGGAGAUGGGCCUGAUGAUGAGCUCCCUCUAGAAUCCGAUGGAUAUUUCACUAGGGAAAUCGGGUCCUUGAAUUUUGCAGAUUAUACCAACGGUGGUGGUGAAGACAACUCGGAUAACAUUCUAAAUAGUGUUUGGUAUCAGCCGGAGGAGAUCUUUCCUAUCAACCAAACUCCAGAAUCGAGUGAUCAGGUUUUCUGGGUGGCUGUCAACCGCAUUUUUAUCAAUCUUGCAAAGAAACUAGAGGGCAUGAAAUUAAAAGGAUGCAUAAACAACACUCUCUGUCUGCCAACCCCACCAAAGGUUAUCACAGUAGAGAAAGGGAGCAGUUCAAACAUCUAUCUAGACAAUGUGGCCUACAGGAGCUUCUUGAACUCCAAAUUCAAGGUCACCCCAGUUGAUAUGGAAAGUGCUGCAAUUGCUUUGGCCUCUCAUCAGCAUAAGGUCCCUUUCAUUGUCUUCAGAGCCCUAUCUGAUCUUGCUGGUGAAAGGUCCACCUAUUCUAAUGGGGUCCACACCUUCAAAUCACUUGCAACCAAGAACUGUGCGAAGGUGGUAUUACAUUUCCUCAAGAAAAUGGAGAUACCUAAGAUUGAGCCUAUGUGA